CUCUCGAGAAUGCGAUGAAUACUUCUCCGCGUACCGCAUUGGAUAUCGUUUGUUCGCCAUGACAACAUCGAUAUAUCAAGCCACGCUCGUGACUCGUUGCCCGUUUAAUCGAUUCACGACAAAGUGCAAAAGUUUUAGGUUAAAGUGCGCGCAACCUUUUCCUUCGUCAUUUUUCAAGAUGAAUUCGAAAGAAUCGUCAUCGUGAAACGAUAUUUGUCAAGAGGGGAAACGUUGUUCUCAUAUAUAUAUAUAUAUAUAUUUAUAGAUAGAGAAUUGUUAUUUUUAUCGAGUUGAUAUUGGAGGAUAGAGAGAAAAAUAUGACCGAAUCGGAAGAAGAAAUUACCCACACGGAGGAGGACGAGGAUUUGUACGAUUUGGAGAGACCUUCCAUAAUACAUCUGGAUUAUCGGGUGAUGUGGAUACGGGACAAAGUGAUGAAAUUUUUAGGAAUACGCGGCUACGAGCUUCAAUUUUACAAACUUUUGAACGCGAACAAUCGAUACUUGGAGGACAAGAUGCUGAAUUUCUUGAUACUCGAUCUAUACGGAGUGACGAGUCUCGAGAGAAAGAUAAUCUUCUUCUAUUGCACCUAUUCCGUGGAAAAGUAUCAGGAGGAGGUGUCGGUCUGGCAAAGUGAGUGAUCCCUUC